AUCAAUUGUCCGGCUGGAAAUAUCUCUUAUCGGAAUCUAAAUCGGUUUGUUAUUUUUAACGGUAUGAAGUUUGAAUCACAUUUAAACAAUAAUUUCAAUACAAAAUAUCAUAUUGCUAACUUUUUCGAUACAACCUACGAUGUGAUUUUACAAUCACCGAGACAUAAUCAAGAGUUGAAAUUCAAUAGCUAUAGAUGAUUCUUCAAUUACUGAAUGCGACGAGCUUCAUUAUUCGUUUAGUUUAUGCGUUUAUUCUCCCAUAUGCAUGUGAUUAUAUUCUAAUGAAUACAAAACAUAAUACGAGAAUCAUAUACACGUACAACACUUCGCUUUACUAACAAACGUGGCACAUGUUGUGAUGUUGAUAUAUGACGGUACUUUGAUGACAAUAUGCCACAUACUUAGUAGAGAGGUUAAGUAUAUUAACAUGAUAUUUACAUACGUGUGUCGUUCACAUCAUCGUACAAUUGUUUGCCGAUCUAUUUUACCUUGAGAUCACAAGCAGCAGCUAGCAAACUAUAACGAACUAAUACAAUAAGACGACUCGAAAUCAAGUGUUGUUCAAUAAAUGUUUAAACUAAUUUCAAUUUUUUUCGAGUAGGUGUGAAAGUGAAACUGAAUCAUACACACAUCUAUCUACCUAGUGAGAGCAAAGACAAGAUGGUUGAGAAUGAGGAUCUAUGGGCCGGCUCAAUAAGAAAAGACCCAUGUGAGCAGUUGGGAAAUUUCAGCACUUUGGGCCAGCAAAUUAGCAGCAGAACGAAUUUAUAGCCUUUGAAUGAGCCCUUUACUGUUUGCAAGUGAUGAUGAACACAGUAGUCGGCACAUAGGCAGGCCCGACACUUGUUCGAAACGUUAGGUCCUCUUCACUUCCAUUUUCGUUUCCUGUUUUCUGUUUUCAUGUCAUAAAUUUGGUAACUGAAAACGAGAAAACUUGUUUACUUUUCAUUCCGUUUUCUAUAUUCGUUUUCAACUAUGAAAACAGAAAGUGGCAACUUCCUGUUGUUUUCGGAAACGACAAAAUGUUGUUCAACAUCUGUUUUCUAAAAAACAGGAAACAAAAAUGAAAGUAAGCAGGCCCUUAGGUGCUCCAUUACGUUUACAACAAACGUAAUCAUACUUUCCCUGUUACGAUGCUCUCGGAAAUAUAUCGUUGUUGUCUGCGAAGAACAAAUGUGAAAUAUUACGUGCUCGAUUAUAAAUAGAUAUACGAGAACAGGGGGUCCCCGGCCCUUUCCGAGAAUCCAAACUAGUUCAGAUAGAAUAAUGGAUAAGCACUGCUCAGUCCUAAUCCGACCCGUUGUCAUCCCUAAUAACCAUUGUCGGAAUCCAAAUAGGACAAUUUGGGUCACAGCCGGGCCCGGCAACUAAACCCACGCUGAACAAUGCGCAAUGCGCACCCUUUACCUCUCUAACUAACCCUAGUUAAGGCCUCCCAGACUCUAUAUAACCAAUACCCGAGCUACGCGCUGUCUGCUCAUUCUCAUCCAAAUCGGCUCUUCUCGAAAAAAAUUCUCUGUUAGUUUUUUUUUUAUUAUCAUAAAAAUGGCUUCCGCCGAUCUUGAGUACCGCUGCUUCGUCGGUGGCCUGGCCUGGGCUACCACCGACGAGGUUCUCCAAGAUGCCUUCAGUCACUACGGCGAGGUCCUCGAAUCGAAGGUCAUCAACGAUCGGGAGACAGGGAGGUCCCGUGGAUUCGGAUUCGUGACCUUCAGGGACCAGCAGGCGAUGAAGGAGGCGAUCGAAGGGAUGAACGGCCAGAAUCUCGAUGGCCGUAACAUCACCGUCAACGAGGCUCAGUCUCGCUCCGGUACCGGCGGCGGCGGUGGCGGUUUCAGGAGUGGUGGACCCCGCAGAGACGGCGGUGGCGGUGGAUAUGGCGGUGUAGGUGGAUACAACCGUGGAUACGGAGGAGGCGAUCGCAGCGAUGGUGGUUACGGAGGCGGUGGUUACGGCGGUGGCCGGGACCGCGGUUAUGGCGGUGGUGGUUACGGAGGUGGCGGCGGCGAUGGAAACUGGAGGAAUUAAAGGUGGGAGGAAUUAGGUUAGGUCCAUGGAAUGGAAUCGUCUUCUUCAAUUUCGUUGUUAGAUUUAGGUGGUUCUCUGUGCGGUUACUUUGCUUGUCCAAGUUCUGUGUCUUGUUUGCUGUGGGUUACUGUUCGGGUUCGGGUUACGGUUACGCGCCAUGGAUUUGUUGUGUUGUGAGUCUGGAAAAGAGAGUUACUAUUCGUCGCCCUAAAUUUUUAAAUUUUGUCGCCCUAAACCAUACAAAUUUACAAAAUAACCCUUCAUUUAAUUGUAUGGUUCAACCACCUAGAAUUAAUGCCCCAACCAACUAACCAACCCAUUUAACUCUUUCUUCCAACAGAAAACAGAAAUAUCAAACCAAAAAUUAACUCCAAACCACACAACACAAAAUCCAACUACAAUCUUCUACAUUGAUAAAUUUUCGCCUGAUUCCGACGAGUUUGCCGGAGGUAGAGAAGUAGUCGGUUUCGAUCGUCAUAGCAUGCAGGGACUCGGACUAAAGGUAAGAUUCUGUU